CAUUGUAUUUUGUUAGCAAUUAGUGUUACAUUUCCAAUUUACAAUCGGUUGGCAACAGCCCACCAUAUAUUGAUGUUCAAGAAUCAUCAAAGGUUCAUAAACAAAUGGAAGCCUCAUAUGCACAAUAGGUGCUCUGUAUUGAACUUCUUUGUUUUGACUUUAAAAAGCAUUAUCUUUUGCUUCACUGUUUACAACUCUUAUCUCUGCAAGAACCUAUAAUGGUUAACAAGUCUUGAUAGUUAACAGUUUAUGCUGUUUCAGGGUUGCAUGUUAUUCACAGCAUUCUUACUUUGCUUGCUGACUGUUUUUUAGUAACUAUAUCACCAUUCACCAAUUCAAUGUUUCUUUUAGUAACUAGUACUUUUUUUUAGUUCAUGCAAUCUGUACUUAUGUAUCAAUCUGUACCAUUAGGUUUGUUGGAUGUGCCCGCCAAUUGGCUAAAGCUCUGGAGGUGCCUUUGGUAAAUGAUUUAGGAUACACAAAACGAUAUGUCCGCUGCCUUCAGAUUGCGGAGGUGGUAAACUGCAUGAAAGAUUUGAUUGACCACAGCAAGCAGACUGGAUCUGGACCAAUCGAUAGCCUGCAUAAAUUUCCUCGGAGGACUCCACCAGGGAUCAACCCUCUUCAACCACAGCAGCAACAGCCUGAAGAGCAGCAGCCUGUUCCGCAGAGUUCAAACCAGAGUGGUCAAAAUUCUGCCCCUAUGGCUGGUGCGCAGGCUUCUGCCUCUGCCAAUGCAGACGUGACAUCAAACAAUUCUCUCAAUUGUGCACCCUCUACAUCUGCACCCUCACCAACAGUUAUGGGGAUCCUCCAAGGUUCAAUGGAUUCUAGCCAAGAUCAUCUAAUGAGCAGCGCAAAUGGUCAGUAUAACAGUGGGAAUAACGGUGCAAUUCCCAAGGUGAACUCCGCAAGCUCAUUACAGUCAAAUCCUUCUGCCUCUUUCGCUUCCCAGGUACCUAUAUCAUCCAAUAACAACACGAUGCCUUCCCUUCAGAACACAAACCAACUCAGUUCCCCAGCAGUAUCAUCAAACUUGCCUCCAAUGCAGCCUCCUGCAACUCGACCUCAGGAGCCUGAUCAAAGUGAUACCCAAAGCUCGGUUGAGAGAAUCUUGCAAGAGAUGAUGUCAUCACAAAUGAAUGGUGUUGGCCAUGCAGGGAAUGACAUGAAGAGACCAAACGGAUUUACCCCUGGUAUUAAUGGGGUUAACUGCUUAGUUGGUAAUGCUGUCACGAAUCACUCUGGAAUUGGAGGAAUGGGGUUGGGGGCUGUGGGCGGGUUCGGUUCAAAUCCUACAGCUAAUGGACUGAGAAUGGCAAUGCCGAACAAUGCAAUGGCAAUGAACGGGAGGAUGGGAAUGCAUCACAGUGCACAUGACCUAUCACAGUUGGGCCAGCAGCAGCAGCAACAGCAGCAGCAGCAGCAUGACAUAGGAAAUCAGCUGUUGGGUGGACUUAGAGCAGGAAAUAGCUUUAAUAAUCUUCAAUAUGAUUGGAAACCCUCUCAAUAGUGUGACUGGAAACAUUUGAGUUCAAUAUGAUGAUGACACAGCUAUCCUCACUGGGCUCAUCUCUUAUGGACCAUCAGCGCAGAGCCAUAAACCCCCCUUGGGCCAAAAUCAUAUGGGCUUUGCUCUAAUGGUGCUAUGGAAAGGAAUCAUAAGGCUGGUAACUGUUAUGGUGCAUCAGUUUGUGUAGCUGGUUCUCUGUGUAUUAUGCAACUAUGACCCUGAGCUACCUGCCUCAAUCAUCUUACUGAAUGAUAAGAGGGUUAGAAUCUGCCUGUACGGGCAGUUGUGGGCACUGGUGUAUGGUGUUAUUUCUCACCCAGAGAAGAAGUUUUUCCUCUUUUUUCUCUCUCUUGACUUGUGGCAUCCAACUGUAACUUAUCGUCGCCCCUUGCUGUAGCAAUCAUAUGUGCUGAUAUCUCUCUUUGCUUGAGAAUUUUCCCUUUGUAGCCUUACUAUACUCUGUAAGUUGCAUAUUGACUGACUAGUGAAAAAGUAUCAGCAAUGUUUGGGAAA